AUGUGGCAUGUGAAAGUGAGUGGAUUUACAUCAGACGUACAUUCCGCAGUAUCUAAAAUUAGAAGCUAUUUAAAUGAUGUAGUUGAUACUGAAGUACAAAUUCCUAUAUCAGGAGUUAUGGCAUUUUUUCUUAGAAGAAAAGCGUCUGCUGAUAUUAAUAGACUAGGAAAUCUUCACAAUAUCAAGAUCAUCACCUUUUCUCCUCCUCGUCGCGCUAAUACUACUAAUGAACAUGAUAAUGAUAAUCAUUGUUUAAAACUGAUUGGUUCUGUGUCACGUAUUGAUUUGGGACAUACAGCAAUUCAAAAUUUUCUUGAAAAUUUAUCGGAAAAAGAACAAGACUUUCCAUGUGCUACAUGGGAUAUUUCAAAGAAUAUUUCUGCAAAUAUUAUAACAUGUCUGAAAAAAAUUCACGACUCAGAUGAUUAUGAAGCAGUCGGAAUGGUUAAGUUCUAUAAUUCAGCCAUCGAAAGAAGACAAACAACACCGAAAGUUACUAUUACAGUAGUUGCUUUCAAUAAAGAAACGGCAGAUGACGUGAUUCAACAAUGUAAACAUUUCGUUGAAGGAUAUGAUGUAUGGAAACCAUCUUUGGAGGAAUAUCGAGCCCUAUAUAAUAUAUUGUUGGUGGAAAAACGGCCAAAUAUUUCUCGCUUUCAACAAGAAUGGGGCAUUAACGUACAGCUUGAAAAUGAAACUAAUACUAUUAUUAUCCCUGCACGAUCAAGGAUAGUUGCAGAUGAAAUAAAAGAAGCUUUGCAGAAUUUAGCUGCAGGAAAAGCAAAUCGAAUCGCUAGUAUUACAAUAACUAUUCCUAUUCAGUUCAAUAUUCGUCGUUUUGUUUAUCAAGCUAUUCAACCUCUACUUGAAGAAGUAAAAACAAAAAGAGUUUAUAUUGACUCAAAAGAUCGGAAUGGACUAACUCUUCAUGGCCGUUCUGAAGUCAUCAAUUCGGUUCAAGAAAAAAUCAAAAUCAUCAUUAAUGAUAUUAAUCAAAAAAUUGUUACAAGUCAUUUAACAUUAACAUCUAUCGAAUCAGAAUUAAUUCGAGCUAAUUCAUAUCAAGUUCUUACACGUAUUGAACGUGAAACCAAUACCAUCAUUCGUGAUGUUAGAAUAGAUGCGAAAGUUUCAAAAUUAGAUAAAAAUGAUGAUACCAGCUCGACUAUAACAUGUGUGAAAAAUAGUCGUGAUCAAACAAUUCUUGUCAAGAAAGGUGAUAUUAUAAAGGCGAAAGAUGUUGAUGCUAUUGUAAAUGCUGCAAAUGGGCCAUUGAAUCAUGCAGGAUGUUUAGAUAAAGCCAUUUCAGAUGCUGCUGGUCCUGCACUUGAUCAAGAAUGUAAACAAUUAAUUGCGACAAAUGGAGGUGUAGCAAUAUCUACUGGUAAAGCAGUUAAAACAACAGCUGGUCGUCUUCCUUAUAAAAGUGUUAUUCACGCAAUUGGUCCUCAAUAUUUUGGUGGGAAUCAACAAGAGCGUCCAUUAUUAUUUUUUAGUGUCUUGUCCAGUUUGCGAAUUGCUGAACAAGAAGGUUAUAAUAGUAUAGCAUUACCAGCCAUCAGUGCUUCGACUUACGGUUUUCCGUUACAAGAUUGUACAAAUAUUGUGAUUCGUGCAGUAAAACAAUUCUUUGCUGAUUUUCCAAAAUCACAUUUAAGAAAAGUAAUUUUAUUAGAUAAUGAUGAUGCAGCUUGUAAUUCAUUUGCACGUGAAGUUGGAAAGGAUCAUACAAAUACAGCUGCAGGCAAUGAUGAGGAUAUUACCAAAUAUGAUUUACCUCCGCUAACGGCUAAAUGGUGUUGGCAAGACGAUGAUGGGGAAAAAAUUAGUGAUGACAGUCAGACACGUCAAAUCGAAGCUGCAUUUCAACACUGUUUACAAACUUCCAUUCCAUCAACAUUAAAAAUUAAUCCUGAUAACUUAACAAGUGCUACUAUUGUUUGUUAUAGUAUUCAUUUUCAUCCUAAUUUGAGACAAUUAUGGAUUGCCGAUCCAAAUGUAUUAAAUGGUCGUUUUGUUUGUGGAUAUCAAAUGAGAGAAAGUACUGCCUAUAAACGAUAUAUUAUUCGCUAUCCAUUGGUAUCGCCAGUACAUAAUACAUCUGAUGGAUAUCGACCGAAACCAUUGGAUACAUAUCAUUUAAAGAUGCAGUCUAAAGAAGAGGAUUGGAAUAUUAUAAGUAUCAACAAUACAGCAGUAAAGCAAGCAGAGAUAGCAAUUAGAAAAGCCAUCGUGUCUGCUACAAUUUCCGAACCAUUCUCCGUAAAUCUAAAAGAAGAUAUUGAUGCUCAUAAGACAGCAAUUACUACUAUUGCAAUUCAACAAUUUAUUCAUAUUGAUUUUCAACAAGAUUCCACCGGAAAUUUAUCAUUGAUAUUGAAAGGUUUUCAACAAAAUAUCUUACAAGCAAAAUUACAAAUUUCAUUAUAUGUACAAGAUAUUUUGAGGAUGGAGGCUGAUAAAGAUGACGAAUUAGAUAUACCUAGACAAUGGGGCGAUCAAGAAGAACAAUUUAAAUUAGUCGAAUUACUUAAAAAUGAUACUGAUUUUAUUCGUAUUGAAAAACGCAUGCGAGAGACUGUAAGUAAUGUGAAAAUUGAUAAGAUCGAACGCGUACAAAAUUUAAGAUUAUGGAAUCAUUAUGCCCUUCGUCGUCGAAUUCUUCAACAAGAAUUAAGUAAUAAGCCUAAUUUACAAAUUGAAAUGGAAUUAUUUCACGGCACUCGAGCAGCACCGCCUAAGGAAAUCUAUAAUGGUGAAUAUGGUUUUGAUAUGACAUUUUGUACAAGUGGUUUGUGGGGACUCGGGACGUAUUUUGCUAUGAAUGCUUCAUAUUCUUGUCAAAGCUAUUCUUAUCAAUUACCGAAUGGCAAACGUCAAGUGUUUCUAGCUCAAGUGCUAACAGGAGAAGUUUUUGAUUAUAAAGGCAAAAAUGAUCAAACCUUACGUCGACCUCCGAAGAAGAACGAAAGCAUAUCAGAAACACGUUAUAACAGUGUAGCCGGGGAAACAGGAGGCAGUAAAGUUUACAUUGUAUACGAAAACCGUGUUGCUUAUCCUACGUUUCUGAUUACCUAUAGUCAAUGA